AUGGAUCAAAGAACACCGCUCUGGCUUGACUGCGAUACUGGGCACGACGAUGCCUUCGCAAUGCUUCUAUCCGCAUGGCAUCCCUCUCUGAAUCUGCUCGGAAUCAGCACAAUCUACGGGAAUGCACCACUCUCACAUACCACAUAUAACACCCGUGCAAUUCUGAAAGCCAUCCGAAAAGAAGAUGUCCCAGUAUACGCCGGAGCAAGCAAGUCCUUCUGUCGACCCCCAGCCAGUGCACCUGAUAUCCAUGGCGAAUCUGGUCUUGAUGGAACAUCUUGUCUACCUACACCCACCGUGCCCGUCAGAACGGACCAGACAGCCAUCGAAGCAAUCUACAAAGCCCUCAUUGGCCAACCGCCCGGAACAGCCUGGCUAGUAGCAACAGGCUGCCUCACGACCACCGCCCUGCUCUUUUCCAUCUAUCCCGAUCUAGCCACACACAUCGCGGGCCUGAGCAUCAUGGGCGGUGCCAUCGGCGGCGGCUUCACAAACGCACCCAUGGGCUCCCUCCGAGGCGAAGGCGAACGUUUCGGAAACUGGACCCCUUGGGCUGAAUUCAACAUCUAUCUCGACCCCGAAAGCGCAAAAUCCGUCUUUUCCAAUCCGGUCCUAAGCAAGAAAAUCACAAUCAUCCCACUCGAUCUGACGCAUCAAUUCCUCGCUACGGAGAGAAUUCAAAAGGCUAUGCUCUGUGGCUUCGAUGCCGAACCAUCAGAUUCGAAUCAUGUCUCCACUGUCCGAACCCUCUUCUACGAGAUCCUGACCUUUUUCGCCAGAACUUAUGCGGAUGUCUUUGGUCUUGUAGAAGGGCCGCCGACACACGAUCCGCUUGCCGUGGCGGCAAUUUUCGUGCCGGCGUCUUUUCACGAUAAUGGUGGAGAGCGGUACAGCAUUGAAGUUGUCACAGAAGGAGAUCAUGGUUCGUCAGAUCAUGUGCGCAGUGGCCAAUCUCAGUGCGGGAGAACGAUUGCCACAUUAUUGCCAGCUGGCAGCGAGGGAGUGAGAAUACCGCGGUCAUUAGAGAAGGAAAAGUUGUGGAGGAUGCUGGAGGAGUGCCUAGGUCGGGCAGAAAAGGCGGUGCAUGCAACGCGAUGA